AUGUGGGUAGAACGGGUGCUUGCAGUCGUGGGCCUGAUUCGGGACUCGCCUCUCGGUUCGGUGGACUUGAGGGGGGGACCAGGCCCUUUGCCUGGUUGCUGUCGGCAAGCGGCAGCAGAUCGGCUUUCUAGAAAGCCACCUGGAGCAGACAUCAGAGCCGAGAUUGCCUUUGCCGCGGGAUUCUGGUCAAACAUAGCCAUCGAGACCAGCACUCCCUAUCAGCCCAGAGCUUUACUUCAGGGUACCAAGAAGCAGCAUUGGAUUGUCCUGCGUAGCACGUUUGGAGAGCCCUUUAGGACCUGCACGUGGCGCGAAGUUCAGAGGAUUUGUGACACGGAUCAUCCGGAGACGCUGACGGAAGUCGAGAUCUUUUGCUUCGGGGCUUCGUCCCCGAUCCCUUGCUUGAGAUCAUGCACCGAAUUCAAAUGUUUCAUGAUCGAAAAGGACGAGCACGGUGGUGAACAUAGGUUGGAUGAAGCCGGUUCCUUUUUGGCUAUCGAUGUCAGCGACGCCAUUUUGGCCCAUUUGCGCGAGUAUGAUCCUGUAACUGACCCCAGCGAGACCAUCCAGACUUUUGUUCCCGAGCAUCCUGAAGCCAUUGUAGAUUUGAAGCAAGCUUUUGAGGACGUUCGUGCCUGGUUAGAGACCCUAGGAGACAGUGCCAGAGUCAAUUUUUUGAGCGCUCGAGAGGAGCCUCCAGAACCCCUCCCCAAAACGGGAAAGAGGGCCAGCCCGAAGAGGAUCACCACAGCAGCUCUGGCCGAAAGUGUAGCCAGUUUGACCACGCAGAUGCAGACCUUAGCCGCCCAACAGGAAGCAUUGCUCAAGCUUUCCAAAGCCAGUGCCACUCAUGUACCCGUGCAGCCCAAUGGAGGCAUGACCACUGCAUCAAGGGUCCCAGACGUUUCUGCGGGGCUCAGCAGCCCAAUUCCGGCUGGACCUACGAACCUUGCCAAUCUGAUAGGUCCCCCUCCAAGAACCAAGCAGCCUGCCCUUGCAAAGGCCACCGGGCCUGCUUUGCCCGACACAGGAGAACCUUUAGAGCAGUUGCAGGUAGAGGAUCAAAAUGUUGUGACAAAAGCUCUAAUGCAGCAGUCAGCAGCGAUAACCUCUUUAGUUGCUCACAUAGCAGCCGGAGGAGAUCCUGUGAUCGACCUCCAGGGGUCCCAAAGUUCCGCGCUUACCUUGAGUACUCGCGGCGCUGCAAAAAGAGAAAAGAUGCAACAGGAUCCGGCGAAUGGCACCAGCCAGUAUUUCCUACAAGUCCAGCAACAGCUAUACAAGAAGAUGAAUCCUUCGAAGCCUUUGCCACGCUCAGACAGCGACCUGCUGUCAGCAGGCGCCAGCAUGACUGCGUACAUGGAGAAGUUCGGGGGCUUCAAGUCCAGACAAGACCUAGGUUUCAUAAUGUGGAUGCUGAGCCAUGUCAUGGACGCCGGAGCACAGGGGAAUUCACAUUUGAUGCGAGAGUAUGUUGCCCUGACGGUGGCCUGCAUAGAUCAGCCCAACUUGGACGGCCAUUGGUCCAUGGCCUACACUUUGUCACUGCUGGAAGAACCUCCGAACCAAGUUUUCUGCGAGAAGGGGACCGGGAUGACAGCCAUCGGCAGACCUUUAUAG